AUGACGAAACAGUAUGUAUAAGUAGUACAUAUUCAUAUUUAAACAUAUAAACAAAUGAAAAUCGGAUGUGUUUGUGUGUGACAAACGGAUUUGUUUGUGUGUGUCUUAGAAAUCCCAUAUUUCCGGUAGCACCGGAAGGCAGCACGACAGCCGGGGUUGUAGGUUCGGUUGAACGGACUGUUGUCGUUCGUCGGGGCCGCGUGUGGAGCUUUUGUAUCCAGGAGAAAUGGCUGGGAUUAAAGCUCUCAUCAGCCUGUCCUUCGGAGGGGCCAUCGGCCUCAUGUUCCUCAUGCUGGGAUGUGCUCUCCCUGUGUACAACACGUACUGGCCCCUGUUCCUCCUCUUCUUCUUCAUCCUCUCUCCGGUCCCGUACUGCAUCUCUCGGCGAGUGGUGGACGACUCGGACUCGGCCAGCAACGCCUGCAAGGAGCUCGCCAUCUUCCUCACGACGGGCAUCGUCAUCUCGGCGUUCGGUUUGCCCGUCGUCUUCGCCAGAGCCAACGUCAUCGCCUGGGGGGCGUGCGCGCUCGUGCUCACGGGGAACGUCGUGAUCUUCAGCACCAUCCUCGGCUUCUUCAUGGUCUUCGGCUCCAAUGACGACUUCAGUUGGCAGCAGUGGUGAAGCGGAGGUUGUUUUUAUUAGCGUCGUUGUUAUUAUUAUUACUUCGGUAUUACUGUUUGGUUCUCGUUGUUAUUUAUAUAUGAUGACCGCCCAUCUAUUGACUCACCAAACCAGUGCAAUACUUUCUUUUUAUUUCUUUUUUUUGUGCAUUUUAUUGAACUGACACUCGUGGGACGGUGAAUGCUGACUUCCUGCUGGAUUUGUGCUCGUUUUAGUUUCUGUGUUUUCUUUUUUCUUAAUGUUCUCUAUCUGUGUGUGAGCUGAAACCACGUGACCGAGGAGGACCGGCUCGCCUCUAUCUAUUCCACUCUCUGGAAGAAGUGAGAUGCUGGCUGUGCUUUUCCCUUUAAGUGGCGAGUUGAGUGUAAAUCAGAAGAAAACUGACACAGGCACAGAUUUUAUGAUCCAUAAUUAGCCGAAAUUUUUUUCUUGUUGUUUCUAUUCAGCCCGAUCGGAUUGAAAAGCUGUUUUAUUUGACUUCUUCUCCAAAGUAAAAGGUGAAAGUGAAGCUGAUGUUCAACGUAUGGCUGUUCGUCAGUUGUUCUUCACGUCUGUUUGGAAAUAUGUGUCACUUCAAUUAUUUUUUAAGUUAGCCCCCCCCCCUUUUUUUUUGCAACCCGUAAAAAAUAAAAGUCCCCGGAGCCGAGGGAUUCGUUUCCUCUGAACUUGAAUAGCAUGAAAAGCUUCUCCCUCUGUAUAUUUCAGUAGCCGCCGGCUAACGUAGGAUUAGCUCGAGGACGGCGGCCUCGUGAGAAUCCGCUACUUCUAACCCGAGGCUCCCCCCCCCCCCCCCCCUAAGCUUCUUUUUACAUGCGACUCCUUCAAAAUAAAAGACUCUGUCGCCCGUGUGCUUCGCUGUUCCCCCGUUUCCCGUUUCCAGAAAGCAAAACUCCACUUCACAUCCUCCUCACGCGGCUCAUGUGAUGAUAGAAAAAAAAUCCAUGUUAUUUGUUUUGAGGUGUUUGUGUGUGAAGGAGGCGUGUCCACUGGUUCGUGUCAUGAUGUCGGCAGCUUACCGCCUCCUGCUGCCCAGGUGCAUUGUGGGAGCUCAAGCGCUGAUCAUUUCCUUUAUGGUCCAUUAUGUUGAGGUGGGGGUUGUUAUUGCGUGUGUGUGUGUGUGUGUGGUUCAGUUUGCUCUCUGGAAGAUAAAAAAAAACACAAUUAGAUUUUUAAUGAGUUCUAAUUCUGAUAAUAUUUGCGUCAUGUGGCUCUGCUGCGGGGUUGACAUGCACGGCAGAUUCCAACAUUUUCCACUUUUAAAAUAAAGUAAAAUUGUCAAGAAGAGUUUUAAAAAUAAAAUCAGUCUUUAUGCUAAGCUAAGUGCUACAUGUGAAGCCAGGGCAUGAGGACAUGUCCAGGAGAACUCUCCAGGUUUCCUUCAUAACAAAUAUAUGGUGUGAAAUACACAGUGGAAAUAGCGACACACACACACACACACACACACACACACACACACACACACAUUGGCGUUAAAUCCUUUUAUAUCUCUUUGAACUUGACUUGUUACGCAACUCCUCCAGAGACCUCGGUGAAGCACCACAGCGGCGCGAGCUCUUUAAAUGUGUUUUUAUUUUUCACGUUUAACUUGUAUUUUAACUUUCUGAGUACUAUUGAACAAACUACUGACCUGAUGCAUCUUGUUACGUAACGCCGCGCGAAGCUCCGAUUGGUCGAAACCUUUAAACUCCCCGAUGUGACGGGAUGAGUUUCUUCUUCUUCUCGUGUUUUCCUGUUUUUAAAGAGAAAUGUUUCGCUUUGCUUCCCCUGCAAAUGUCGGGAGGAUGUUGUUAUUUAUUUAUUUUUCACAAUCGAGACGCUUCGUGUCAAAAUGUCCUCCCGUCGUUUUUUCUAUCGACGACCUUUUCUGUUAGAGGCAGAAGUCAGCAUGGUGGGUUUAUUUUCUUUUGUUUUCUUUUUUAAUAAACGCCAUUUUUGAACAUCC